AUGAGGAGGUACAGCCCCCCUUAUCGUAGUCCCCCUAGGAGGGCAUAUGGUGGCAGAGGAAGAAGCCCCCCUCCUCCUAGGAGGGGAUAUGGAGGACACAACAAAGAGGGUAGUGGAAGCCUUUUGGUCCGCAAUAUCCCAUUAAGCGUCAGAGCGGAGGAUCUUCGAGUUUCUUUUGAAAGGUUUGGUCCUGUCCGGGAUGUUUACAUUCCAAAGGACUAUUACUCUGGGGAGCCUCGAGGAUUUGCCUUUGUGGAGUUUGUUGAUCCUUACGAUGCCUCUGAAGCCCAGUAUCACAUGAAUCGCCAAGUUUUCUUCGGUCGGGAAAUAGCUGUUGUUCUUGCUGCUGAGUCGCGAAAAAGGCCAGAAGAAAUGCGCAGCAGAGCUAGAGUCAGAGGUUACUCUGGUCAUGAAGGUCGCCGGUCUUCUUACUAUGGGCGGUCUCGUUCCCGUUCCCGCUCUCCUCGCUAUCAGGGCCGUCCUCGGUCGAGAUCACACUCUCCUGCUCCAAGGCGGCGAGAUGACUACUCUGCCUCUCCAAGGAGAAAGGAAGCGCAUCGUGCAUCUCCUCCCAGGCGCCCACCAAAGGAGCAUGAUGAAGAUAAGAAGCGGAGGUCCUACUCUCCUGCCAGUAGAGAUGAUGCUGACAAUGGUUAUGAGAAUUGCAUCAUAGUCCAACCUGGCAACUAG